CGCUGCAGCUGCUUAGAGUAGUGCUGCGUCUUCUCGAGUUUGUGUUUUCUAAAGCUACGAGAAACAUGGCUGAAAGCAGAGAUAAGGCUACGGAUCAAAUGAAGCAAUGGAAAGAGAAUAGAGGACCUCAGCGUGCGGAUGUCCUGACCACAGGAGCAGGUGUCCCCAUUGGUGAUAAGCUGAACAUCCAGACAGCAGGGCCACGUGGGCCUCUUCUGGUGCAAGAUGUUGUCUUCACUGAUGAGAUGGCUCACUUUGACCGGGAACGCAUUCCCGAGAGAGUGGUGCAUGCCAAAGGAGCAGGUGCCUUUGGCUACUUUGAGGUGACCCAUGACAUCACGCGCUACUGCAAGGCCAAGGUCUUUGAGCACGUUGGCAAAACGACACCCAUCGCUGUGCGCUUCUCCAGUGUGGCUGGUGAGUCAGGCUCAGCUGAUACAGUGCGGGAUCCUCGAGGUUUUGCAGUGAAGUUCUACACUGAAGAUGGCAACUGGGAUCUGACGGGUAAUAACACGCCCAUCUUCUUCAUCAGGGAUGCACUUCUGUUCCCCUCCUUCAUCCACACUCAGAAGCGGAAUCCUCAGACUCACCUGAAGGACCCUGAUAUGGUGUGGGAUUUCUGGAGCCUGCGUCCAGAGUCGCUGCAUCAGGUGUCUUUCCUCUUUAGUGAUCGAGGCUUGCCUGAUGGAUUUCGCCAUAUCAAUGGCUAUGGAUCCCACACAUUUAAACUAAUAAAUGCCCAAGGCAACCCUGUCUACUGCAAGUUCCACUACAAGACUGAUCAGGGCAUUAAAAACCUGCCUGUGGAGGAGGCAGAACGCUUGGCCUCCACUGACCCUGAUUACGCCAUCCGUGACCUGUACAAUGCCAUCUCCAGUGGCAACUUCCCCUCCUGGACCUUCUACAUCCAGGUCAUGACCUUUGAGCAGGCAGAAAAGUACCCAUGGAACCCAUUUGAUUUGACCAAGGUGUGGCCUCAUAAGGACUUCCCCCUGAUCCCAGUGGGUCGCUUGGUGUUGAACAGAAACCCUGUGAACUACUUUGCUGAGGUGGAGCAGUUGGCCUUUGACCCCAGUAACAUGCCGCCAGGCGUCGAGCCCAGCCCUGACAAGAUGCUGCAGGGUCGUCUCUUCUCAUACCCCGACACACACCGCCAUCGGCUGGGUGCGAACUAUCUCCAGCUGCCCGUUAACUGCCCCUUCCGUGCCCGUGUGGCUAACUACCAGAGAGACGGGCCCAUGUGCAUGUCUGACAACCAGGGGGGCACACCUAAUUACUAUCCCAACAGUUUCAGCGCACCAGAGGCACAGCAGAACUUUGUGGAGUCCAAGUUCAAGGUGUCUCCUGACGUCGCCCGCUACAAUAGCUCAGAUGAUGACAACGUCACUCAGGUGCGCACCUUCUUCACUGAAGUCCUGAGUGAGGCGGAGCGUGAGCGUCUGUGUCAGAACCUGGCCGGCCAUCUGAAAGGAGCCCAGCUCUUCAUCCAGAAACGCACGGUUCAGCGACUGAUGGCAAUUCACCAGAAUUAUGGGUCUCGUGUCCAAGAGCUGCUGGACAAGUACAACGCGGAGGCCAAGAAGAAGUCAGUACACGUGUACACAAAGGGCGGAGCUUCAGCUGUCACUGCCUCCUCCAAAAUGUGAUGGACCUAUAGAUUCUCUCACUGAAUGUGAAAUGGCUAGAUACAUACUCACACCACUGAUAUGUGCUCAAACACUCAAAUACAAACACACACACACAAACAAAGAGCUCUCUCAGCUUUUCCACACUUCAGGGGCUUCAGGGUCUCGAGAGCCUUAAUGUAAAUGGAUCUAACCCAAAUCCUGCAUGUCUAUAAUUUUAUGUGGGAAUAUGAAAGACACUUGCCUGAGGUCAGCACAUCUCCCUGUAAACUGAUGUUUCUGGCACAGGUGGCUUAGUUGGUUAUCGUCUGCCACCACACUCACAUCAUUUCUCAGAAGGGGGAGAAAGAAGGAACAACCGAGCAAAUUUGUUAAAACACGUUAUUUGUUUUCUACACCUAAUGGCUGAGUUUCAGUGGCAACCUGAUGUGUCGUGUCCUGCCUGGGAUCUCUAGUUUAUGCUAACAUAGACUAGAGCUCCCAGUCCAGGAUGCAUGACAACUGUGCCCUGUCUGUUAAUACCAAUGAGGUAUCCACCUGCCUAUCCUCCACAACCUCAGUCCACAUGACACAUGGCAGUCAGGAGUCACCAUCACUUACACAUUUUCAGUGUUUCUCCUCAUAAACACAUAAAACUGAUGGAAACGCACAUGUUCUGUUUCCCACAUUUGCCCUUAAUCUGUCUCAUUACUCACUGGUGCUUCCACCUGUGUGUUUUUUAACAACUCUCUCUGUAUUAUUGUUUAGCUAAAUAUGCCGUACCCAAAAUAUUGAGACAGUUGAACUUUUUCACUUCUCAAAAUUACUUCAAAGCCAUUGGUUGAUGAAUGCCUUACUUGAAAACGAUUACUGAAUUGUGACUACAAAUAAAUGUCUGAAUACUGUUUUACUAAAAACUAAAUUACUAGAAUUUAAUGAUAGUUUAGGUAUAUUGACACUUACUAGACAUUCCCUGAUGACUUUCUUGUACUUUAACUUUUUUUUUUUUUUUUUUGGCAAAAAAUCUCCAUGUGAGUAAUUUUGGUAUCUUGAUCACAUUGUUAAACAGUAAAAAUCUAAACUUGAAUAAUGAAAUUUUCACAAACAAAGCAUGAGAGAAAUUUGCUUGUGUGACUGACAACUAAAAUGGCCUUUUUCCUACAUUUCAUAGCUAGACCUCAUAGCAUUCACUAACACUGACCGACCAACCUCCCGCCCUCUCUGGGUGAUUAACAAAACUUUGCUCAUUAGUUCUGUAACAGUUGUAUCACAAUAAUCAUUGCAAAAUUUGAAUUUGUUGUAGUAAAAAAUAAAUUUAACCGAAUGAAGCUAGCGUCUCAUGUUUUUCUCUAAAAUUCAGAUUAUUUUUCACACUCUUGGAUUGAGAUCUUCAAUCUCCCACUUGGAACUAAAGGACUAAAUAAAAUUUUGCCCCUUUGACGUAGAGAUGAACGCUGUGCCGUCUUGAGGGUUUCCGUCAAGAGCACAAACAGGAUGAGGCUGGUGGUCAUGCGUGAGCCAACCUGGGACAGUGCUUUACUCGAGCCUCUUGCAGUUGCCUGAUCUUCAUGAAGGAAAAAAUACUGAAAGUUGUUUGUGCUUUUGCUCAACAUCAGGAUUUUCUCUUCAUGUAAAGGUCUGUUAGAAGCAUUGCACUUUGCUUUUCCAUGUUGAGUUCUGUGUCCUGGUUUUGGUGUUUGCUAGAAGAGAAUAAGUUGGGAUUUUAUGUGGUCUAUGAACUCACCAUUUUUGUUCUGUAGCAAAAUGUAAUAAAUUAUAGUAAUUUUUCAUGCUUA